AUGCACCCGCAACUGAUGAUCUUGUUCGCCGGGCCUGCACUCGGAGCCCCUUACCUCAGCCUCAGAGACAAUGACUGUGGCGUGAUCAUUAGCUCUGCUGCGCCUAUCACGGUCACCGUCGUCUCUCCGGUGCAAACAGUCACUGCCAGUACCAACGACGGGAACACUGACCCAGAUAACCAUCAUAUGGCCAUUCCUACGGGUUCUUCCGGAGCUCAACCGGUAUCUUCCAGUGGGGUAUCUGAGACGUCUCAUGGAGCUUCACCCUUCAGCAAUGAUCCCGCCUUGCCUAAAGGAGCACCCACCGUUACCCUUGGCCUUUCCAACUCUUCUCCACCUCUCCCUACCGCCUUCGCUACUCCGUUGGGUAAACAGUCAGGAGUUGAAUCGCAAGCUGCAUCAUUAUUUCCGUCUGCAACAACCAAGCCUCCCAACGUCACCGCCAAUACUGCUAGCCCAGUUUCUGAAGAGUCCGGAGGCCUCGGCCAGAGCUCACCGACCUUGGCAACGACACUGACCAAUGCGGGAGAUAUGGAGAGCUCGCCACUAGCCACAGCGCCAACCACCAUCAUAAAAGGUCUCUCUAGCACUCUGACUCCCGAAAGCGGAAACAGCGCCCCCCUCGAGACUGAGAGUCCUCUGUCAACCAUGACUAGCAACUCUUCAGCAACUGCCCCUUCGCAGACGAGUCAGAACGUGCAAUCUCAGACGCCUGUUCAAGUCUCGUCCUCAACUGGAUCUCAGACAGUUUUGUCUUUCCCAGUUACCAGAAUGUUUCUCGUCUUCAUUUUGUUGGUCGUAGAAGGAUUCUUCAUCUGCUAG